AUGUUUCUUAUCAAGCUACUCCUGAGAAUAGCUAGCUUACUGCUAGAUAUCGUUUCUAUACUCUUAAUAGAGGAAGAGGCACAUAGGCGCCAACAUAGAGCACGCGCCGAGCCGCCGGAUGCUCCUAGUAUCGAUACAACCAUGGAAAACCUCCAAGAAAACGUUGGAGUCAUCGAGGCGGAAACACCUGAAAAUGAAAUGUGGAUAAUGGAGUAUCCUACAUACCAAUCUCUAUACUCCUCCUCCAAUACUUUGUCCGAUGACUCCUCCUUAGAAGAGUCAGAAGAAGAGGGGAUUCCAACGUUGGAAGCCUUGUGGGCUAAUUGGAAUCCAGAGCCGGAUCAAAUAGACUACCCUGAUCGACCAACUACUCCAGGGAUCUUGGAAACCACCUUGGCUAACGAUGCGGACACUAUCUGGCAGGUAUCAGAGACUGACGAGGAAUCAAAUCAACCUGAGCCACAUCGGUCAGAUACCCCAGACAGCAUAGAGUACAUCUUCAACCCAACUGGGAGGUUAGAGAUGAGCGACAUUGAGUGA